AUUUGACCUACUUUCAAAACGUUUGAAAAACAUUUGAAGAAAUACAUUUGAAUAUCUUUUCAACUACAAAAUUGGUUAAACUAACAAGAUGUCUGUGUUAUUAGAGACAUCACUGGGUAAUAUUGUAGUCGAUCUGUACACAGACGAAAGGCCAAGAAGUUGUCUAAAUUUCCUGAAGUUAUGUAAGGUGAAGUACUACAACUUCUGCCUGUUCCACUCUGUACAGAGAAAUCUUGGAGCACAAACUGGAGAUCCGACUGGCACUGGAAGAGGAGGCAGCUCAAUCUUUGAGCAACUGUAUGGGGAUCAAGCCAGAUAUUUUGAAAUGGAGAAGAAACCAAUUUUAAAGCACAAGAAAUAUGGUACAUUGUCCAUGGUGAAUAAUGGAAAUGAUAUGCAUGGUUCCCAGUUCCUCAUUACAACUGGUGAGAACUUGGAUUAUCUUGAUGGAAAACACACUGUUUUUGGAGAACUUGCAGAGGGACAUGACAUCUUAGAGAAAAUCAAUGAAGCUUACUGUGAUAAAGAAAAUAGACCAUUUAUCGACAUAAGAAUCUAUCACACCAUUAUCCUUGAUGACCCUUAUGACGACCCCCCAGCUUUGGAGAUUCCCCCUAGAUCCCCAUCACCUACAAGAGAGAUGCUGGAGAGUGACCGCAUUGCCCCAGAUGAAGAGAUAGAUGAUACAAAAGGUUUGACAACAGAGGAAGUGGAGGAAAUGCUGAAAAAGAAAGAGGCAAAGGCCAAUGCUCAGAUUCUAGAAAUGGUUGGAGACCUCCCUGAUGCUGAUAUUGAAGCCCCAGAUAAUGUUCUAUUUGUCUGCAAACUCAACCCUGUCACAACUGAUGAGGAUCUAGAAAUAAUUUUCUCACGCUUUGGAAAAAUUCUGAGUUGUGAGGUGAUCAAAGAUAAAAAAACAGAGGAGUCUCUGCAGUACGCAUUCAUUGAAUUUGAAACACCGAAAUCAUGUGAGAAUGCCUACUUCAAGAUGGACAAUGUCCUUAUAGAUGAUCGGAGAAUACAUGUAGACUUCAGUCAGUCUGUCUCAAAGAUACAGUGGAAAGGAAAGGGUAAAGGAGUAGAUGUUAUAAAGGAAGAUCGGCCAGCCCCUAAACAACGCUAUGCUGUCAAAGACAAAUCCCAGCGUGGAAAGGAGUAUGACCUUGUACUCAGUGAAAGUGACGAUGAAAGAAAAACAUCGAAAUAUGGAGACAAAAAUCAAGGCAGGGGGUCUAAUAAUAGACAAAGAGGUCCAAUGAAUAGAAGGGACAGACUACAAAGAAGAUACUCAAGAAGUCCUGAACCAUCCCAUAGAAGUUCUAAGGACCUUUAUCCUGAACGGUCAGAUAGGAAAAGAGAUGGAGGUUACGAACGAGUGGGAAAUGAUCGUGAUUCCCACAGGGAUCGUGACAGACAGAACUAUCGUGAUUCGCGUUAUGAACGUGACACAAGAAAUGAGCGUGGUACACGAAAUGAACGUGAUCUACAAUCAAGUAGACAGGAAUCACGGAAAAGGGACGAUUCGCGCAAUGAACGUGAUUCUCGCAGUGAUUCCAGAUAUGACAGGAAUACUUCCAAGUAUGACAGAAGUGCAAGACCAUAUGACAAUACUUCAGAGAGACAUGACCGACAUUCUGACAGAACUGAUAAAUAUCGGAAAAGAUCACCAUCUUCUGAUUCUGAAGAUGAGAGAGUGAAAAAAUCUAAAAAAUAUGCUGAAACAAUGGACAAAGUAUCAAUGAAAAACAAAUCGAAAAGAUAUGAUUCCGAUUCGGAUGAUGAAUAUGAACAAUACAAGAAAAAAUCAAAGAAAUUGAAGAAAUCCAAAAAGGAGUAUGACUCUGAUUCAAAUAGUGACACUAAUAGAUACAAGAAAAAAACUUCGAAGAAAUCUAAACACAGUUAUAGUUCUGACUCUAGUUCAGAAUCUUCCUACAAUGAAAAACCCAAGAAAAAGAAAAGCAAACGCUCAAAAGAAUACGAUUCAGAGGAGACUCUAUCAAAAUCAAAGAAAAAACACAAAAAGGAAAAGAAAAAGAGUAGACAUUAAAUGUUAAAAGCAUAUGCACUGCUGGAAUAUAAGUUGAUGUUGAAAAUGAGUUUUCAACCAAAUUAAUGAUUUUCACGAGGAAUAAAAUAAAACAAGAUAUUGAA